GAUGAGGUAUCCAAGCAGUCGGUGGGCAUCGAGUCGCAGGUCCAGUCCGCCCUCGCCCCGGGGAUGGACUCCCUCACGCGGCGCCUCGAGAUGCAGAUUGACGAGCACGCGGAGCUCAUCGCCUCUAUUUCCUCGAGAGCUGACGGCCAUGACGCAGCCGUCGCUGCGUUGCAGGCCCAGGUUAGCGAGCUCCAGCGCCAACUCGUGGUCGCUGCGGAAGCUCCCCGUCCGUCUCCCCUUACGCCGUCCUCCUUCGCUCGCGACGUUGACUCCACCAUUGUGGUCGGUGUUUCGCAGCAGCCCGCGGCUAGCGCUUCCAUUGUUGCCGUUCUCCGCCCGCGGCGCAGCGGCAUCGGCUUCGGGGAUUCUGAGUUCGAGAUCAAGCAGCGCGGCGGCCAAGGCGACUCCUCUUUCAAGGGCGCCAACAGCCGGCGCGAGUUUUGGAUCGACCGUCUUGGUUCCGGUCGGCGCCGCCUCCACCUCGGCCCCGACAAGUGUCCGAAGCAGAUCAAGCUUGAAGUUACGUUGCGCAUGACCCGCCAGCUCGUCGACGCACAGUACCCAGGCAAGAGGCUGCUCUCCGACCGCGAGCGCGGGGCCCCCUCUGUCGGCCAGGACACGACCAUGCAGAUCGAGGUCUUCCACGGCGACCCCCCGCCGAAGAUGGCGCGGGAUGCGCGCCAGCUGCGCAGGCGCGAGAUGUCCGUUGACGCGCUCCGCACUGCG